CCUUUCCCUUCACCACCAAGUCUUUAUUUUCCUUUCCUUUUCUUGCAAAAUGGAAACAGAUACCAACGAACUUGGUCUAUAUAUGGCCUAUGGUGCCGUUUUAACUAUGGCUGUGAUACCCAUCUACGCUGGAUCACUAGCUUCCGUCAAGGGAAUGAAGAGACCUACCAAUGCACCCAAACAACCUGCAUCUGACAAUCCUUUGGAUGAUUCCGACGAUGAAGACGACACUGUGCUUGAAAGCCUUUCCAGUGGAGAUGCUUACUUAUUCCCUGUCAUUGGUUCUGCUGUUCUAUUUAGCAUGUACCUCGCGUUUCGCUAUUUGGACAAGGAAUAUAUAAAUUACAUCUUGACUAUUUAUUUCUCAGUGAUGGGCUGUGCGGCUGUAACCAAGGCAUUUUUGAUGGUGGCAAGAAAGACUCUUCCCAUGUGUCUUUUGAAGCAUGUCGCAAAGUAUAAGGUUACAUUAUCCAAGAAAUCAAAAAAUAUCUCUCAUAUCAGUUUUACCGUGAUUCAUGGUGUCCUCUUGCUAGCAUCUAUUGGCUUAACAGCCUAUUACAGCUAUACCAAAAAUUGGAUCGCAUCCAAUAUUUUCGGUCUUUCAUUCAGUAUCAAUGCCAUCCAACUUCUUUCGUUAGAUUCUUUCAAGACAGGCAUCAUUUUGCUUAGCGGCCUCUUUGUCUACGAUAUCUUUUGGGUCUUUUAUACCCCUGUCAUGGUAUCAGUCGCUACUAACUUUGACGCCCCUAUCAAGCUUCUUUGGCCCCGUAAUAUCAUCGAAUAUGUUACCUACUUCAUUCAGAAUCACAGUUUGUUGGCAGAAAGUAAAUUUACUAUGCUAGGUUUGGGCGAUAUUGUAAUUCCUGGUAUUUUUGUCGCAUUAUGUCUUCGUUUUGACCGUCAUAUGUCGUGGAAGCGCAAUCCUGUGGGUCCGUUCCGUACAACUAACUUUCCCAAGCCUUACUUCAUUGCCAAUCUGACCGCUUAUAUCUUUGGCUUGGCUUUGACUAUGUUUGUCAUGCACGUGUAUAAGGCUGCCCAACCUGCUCUUCUGUAUUUGAGCCCUGCUUGUAUCCUGUCCUCGUUGAUCACAGCAGCUGUUCGUGGUGAACUGAAGGAAUAUUUCGCAUUUACUACUGAAGAUGAGAAGGAGAAAGAUAAGAAGAAGAAUAAGGAAGAAAUUGACGAUAAGGUGAAGGAAGUCGAAUUAUUCGAACAAGAACAACAGAAAGAUUCAAUGAAAGAAAAUAAUGAUACUGAAAGCGUCGAGGUAGAAGAGGAAGACGACAAUGUAGCUGAAUCAACAGGCUCUGAGAAUACCAGAACAACAGCAAACAGUAGAAGAAGAAAGUAAGGUGACAAAGUCGAAGUUCUUAAUGCUUGAAUAAGUGAUAAAAGUUAUCCGUUUUGAAGUCUUGUAUGAAUAAAAGAAAUAAA